AUCCCAAAUUCCCAGGUCAUGCGCACCUGUCCUCGUCUCGUCUCUUGUAAUUUCUUCACUGCACAGAAAUCUCUCUCUCCCCAGAGAGAGAGAGAGAGAGAGCGCCGCCCUAUUCCACCAUUUAUAGAGCUGACAUUCAAUGCUUUUCCACCAGAAAAGAAAACAGUCUCUGCGAGGGAUGAGAAGACAACAAUGAACUUAUGGCCUCUCUGGAUCUUCCAUUUUAAAUCCCACCUCCUGAACCCUCCAACCAAUGGGCGACCCUUCAUCCCCACCUCCGUCUCACUCCCCUGAAGCCGCCGCCGACACACCCACUGAUCCUUCUUCUAGCAAAACCAAACCCAAAGGUGGUCCCGACAACAAUAAGUUUAGGUUCCGCGGUGUCAGGCAGCGAAGCUGGGGCAAAUGGGUCGCCGAGAUCCGCGAGCCUCGCAAGCGUAGCCGCAAGUGGCUCGGCACUUUCGCCACCGCCGAAGACGCCGCCCGAGCCUACGACCGCGCUGCCCUCAUCCUGUACGGCUCCAGGGCCCAGCUCAACCUCCAGCCCUCUCCAUCGUCCUCCUCCUCCUCCUCCUCCGCCUCCGCCUCCUCUCGCCCAUCUAAUUCUUCCUCUGCUCAGACCCUCCGCCCCUUGCUCCCCCGUCCCCCCGCCACCUCCGCCUUCUUGCCCUACGGGCUUUAUAAUACUCAGUUUCUCUGCCCUGUCAACAACGCACUGCAAGGGCAACAUCAUCCCCAGAAAGUGGUGCAGUUAUAUGGGUCCCCGAAGUCCGAUGGUGGAAAUUAUACUGCUAAUCUCGAUGACUCCACUAUAGCAGCAACCUUGUACCAAAACCAUAGUCGCCAUGAUCUGCAUGCGUCAAAUCAGGAGAAGAAUAGUCGGCAGAGUGAUUGCAUGUACGAUAAUACAAGCUCCAUGGUAGGAUCAGGCUUGAGUUCUUCUUCCCAGACUAUAAUUACGCCGCAGACGGCCGCUCUGGAUCCGCCAGUAGCGGCGGGAGCAGUUAGUGUGGGAUCGCCGUCUAUGUGGCCGAUGUCAAAUGAGGAGGAGUACCCGUCUAUUCUGUGGGACUAUAAUGAUCCUUUCUUCUUUGAUUUUUGAGAUGGAAUGUCAAGUAGAAACUAUCAAUUAGUGAUCCUGCAAUUUAUUGAUACAAAUAAAGAGGAAGAGGGAAGAAAGGGUGGCGGCUGAUCGAUUUAAUCAGUUCUGCUGUCUAAAAGAAUGUUGCAUGUGGCAUCGGAAUCGAUCAUCUGAACGAGGCCAAGUGGGAAAUUAAUACAAUUAUGCCAGGUUUUUCUCAGGGCAAGCUACACACACACACAUAUAGCUAGAUAGGUACUGCUGAUAUCUUUGUCUUGGUCAGAUGAAUGCCUUUUCUUUUUUACAAGGAAAGAUAUAUAUACUUUUAAGCAGGUAUGAUUGAUAUAUAUAUAU